UUCUCUCCGGGGGUACAGCAAAGGGAGAGAAGUCGGGUCCACGUUGACACUCAGGUGAGUCUGUGGAGCCUUCGCUGUGUUUCCUGGUUGUUCUGUGACCUCGGGGACGCCUCCAUAUAUUAGUAGAAUGAGUGUGGGGUUCAUAGGAGCAGGCCAGCUGGCCCACGCUCUGGUGAGAGGCUUCGCAGCAGCAGGCGUGAUUGCCACCCACAGAAUCACAGCCAGCUCCCCAGACACAGAUCUCCCCACAGUGCAGGGACUGAGGAAACUGGGGGUGAAUUUCACUACCAGCAACAAAGAGACGGUGAAAAGAAGCGACAUCCUCUUCCUGGCCGUUAAGCCCCACAUACUUCCGUUUGUGCUGGAUGAGAUCGGACCGGACAUCGAGGAUCGUCACCUUAUUGUGUCGUGUGCGGCGGGCGUCACCAUCAGCUCCAUAGAGAAGAAGCUGCUGCAGUAUCGCCCUGCUCCGAAGGUGAUGCGUUGCAUGACCAACACUCCAGUGGUGGUGCGUGAAGGAGCUACUGUGUACGCCACGGGCACCCAUGCAGAGGUGGAGGAUGGGAAGCUUCUGGAGCAGCUGAUGGCCAGUGUAGGAUACUGCACUGAGGUGGAAGAGGAUCUGAUUGACGCUGUUACGGGUCUCAGUGGCAGUGGCCCUGCUUACGCUUUCACAGCGGUGGAUGCGCUUGCUGAUGGUGGAGUGAAAAUGGGCCUCCCCAGGAGACUGGCUGUACGCCUCGGAGCCCAGGCCAUGCUGGGAGCAGCUCGAAUGCUGUUGGACUCAGACCAGCACCCUGGGCAGCUCAAGGACAAUGUGUGUUCACCAGGGGGCGCCACCAUCCAUGCCCUGCAUGUCAUGGAGAGUGGUGGAUUCCGCAGCCUGCUGAUUGAUGCUGUGGAGGCCUCCUGUGUUAGGACUCGGAAACUUCAGUUAUUGGCUGACCAGGAGAACAUCUCUCCAGCCGCCAUAAAGAAGACAACUCUGGACAAAGUGCUCCAGCAGCCCGGAGUGAACGUAGAGGCUGCAGGAAUCAAACGCCGUGCGAUCAGUUUCUUUAACAGCAGUAACCCCAGGACCGACAAGAACUGAAUCCGCACAAUUUAAUUUGAUUUGUCACAUCACUGACAAUCCAGGUUAAGCCCUCAGUAAAUGCUGUUAAUACACAACCACUGGCAGAUGGUCUCUGAAACAUAAGCUAAACUAAUGAAAUGUUGUCUAGAUAAAAAAAAAAAAACUCUGAAUUUGUGAUGAUACCCGAUGCAUGUUUAAAUCUUCCCCAUUUAAGGUUCAGUUCCUGUGCUAUCAAAUUAUUUUCCUUGGUGAGUUUAUGGACUUUAUGAUAUAUUAUGUUUCAUUAUCUGUGGGCAUUAAUGUUUUCCAAAUUUUCUGUCACUUGCUAUCUGUGGUAGUUUGAAAAGUACGUUUACUAGAUAGGGCAAGGUCUCACAUACUUAAAUGCGAAGCAAGUAUCGCAGGUCAUGUUGACCAAAGUUGAACUCAAUGCAAAACCACACCGAGGAUUUACUUUGCCACAGGAAGAAGAUGUGUUAUUCACCUCCUCGUAUGCACCGAUUUUGUGUGUCACCAUGGUCGUAACACGCAGUUAAUUAAGCGUUUGUUUCUGUGUUCCGCCAAUAUGUUACAUGAUGGUUGGAACAUGUUGUUGUUUUCAUUUUGGGGUCUAUGCCUCAUUCUGUUUGUGAACAUCACAACUAAGAAACAACUCAUACUAAAAAUCUCAUACUUCCACUGCAUUUGACCGCUGAUUACACUUUGGAUAAAUCUGUACAUCUAAUUUACGAGAAAUUGCUUCAACUCCUUAGCUAUUAAAAAUCACAAGUUUAAGGUGAUACCGAAAUAUGCUGUAGGCCUAUGCUCUAGCUCUUUGACUUGAUCAGGAGAAAACUGAUUUUUGAUUUGCAGUAUAAACUUUAUGCUGACACCAAUGUACCUCAUAUUCAGUGUUGUGCAUGAACGAACGCAAAAGAACGCGCUCAUUGAACGCGUCCACUUUUAUGAGAACGAUGAACUGAACGCAACUCAAUGACAAAUAAUGAAUUUGAACGGUGAACAUGUUCAUAUUGUAGCGUCCUCACGUAUAGACAACAGGAAACCUCUCUGUAUGUGUAACUUUAUUAAAGUACAGCGAACACGA